ACUUUCACAGUACCGUCACAGCUACAUAUAAGGAAACAUUAUUGUCAUUUCAGUCCAUGGAGCUGUUUCAUCAUGGUCCUAUUCUUAUUCUCAUGCAUGGUGUUAUUGCUAAACCUACUGAUUGCCCAGUUAAGUGACACGUACCAGCACAUACAACAGGAUGCUCAAAGAGGCCUGGAGGUCAACCGGGCCUGGAUCGUGGCCCGGAUAGAGCUUAGGAGUAUGCUGGUCCAACAGGGAUUCAGAUUUAAAUACUACCUAGAGAAGAAGGAGUUGAAGGAUAUCAACAAGGUGUUGGAAAAAUGGGAGUCGCCUCCCUUGCAGGAAAUGAACAAGAAUAUGCAAGCUAUAGAAGAAUGUGUUGAAACCCAUAAACUUAAUCUCCAAUCAGUAACAACUCGACUAGCGAGACAAGAACGAACACUCAUCAGAAUACAAGAAACGCUGGAUACUUUGUCGAGAAGAAUGAUUCCUGAUUGGACGAUCAAUAAUCUCAAUAAUGACGCAUGUGCCAAUGAUGACGUCACGAGAUAAGAAGUUAGA